GCUACGACGUGCUUUCCACGAUACGAAGUGGCUAAUGCUAACGAAACUUUAUUUUUAAUGGUGUUAAAAUAAGUGCGUGAUAAACGGAGACUAGUGACAGUUGUGUUGUGGUUAUCGUUUUGAAUCCAUACAUGGUGUACACGUCGAUAAAAUACGAAACGUUUGCUAUUUGUAAGAUAAAUACUGGUGUCAGUGGGAUAGCUAGCUAGCUAGUGUCAGAGUAAACAGACGCUGGUUAGUUUUAAUGCAGGUUGUGCUCUGACAGUAGCUAACUUAGCUGUCCGCUGUUUGCAACAUGGGACGAAAGAAACAGGGUAAAUUUGUGCGCCCUGACAACAAGAGCAAAGACAAGAGACAUAAAAUGAAGGGGAAAUCAUUAGAGGCCUUUACAGAAGAAAUGCACACUGCUUUUGAAGCAAGUCUUCAUGUAGAGGAGGGAGCAGAGGCCCCACAGGUGAAACUGCCUUGUCCACUUGCCAUGUGGGAGUUGGGUCACUGUGAUCCAAAACGCUGUACUGGCAGAAAGUUGGUGCGCAAGGGCUUUGUACGCAACCUGCGCCUCAAUCAGAGAUUUAGUGGACUCAUACUGAGUCCCAUGGGCACGAAGUAUGUGACCCCAGCAGACAGAGAGAUUGUGGCUCAAAAUGGAGUAGCGGUAAUCGAUUGUUCUUGGGCUAAACUGGAGGAGACUCCCUUCAGUAAAAUGGUCGGAACUCAUCCCAGAUUGCUGCCGUAUCUUGUAGCUGCAAACCCCGUCAACUACGGCAAGCCAUGCAAGUUAUCUUGUGUUGAAGCUUUUGCUGCCACAUUCUGCAUAGUUGGUUUUGAAGAACUAGCAGAGCUCUUGUUGAAAAAGUUUAAGUGGGGGAAAGGGUUCCUGGAUCUCAAUAAAGAUCUGCUGGACCGCUAAGCUGCAUGCCAGUCAGAGGAAGAGCUGCUCACUGUAGAGAAGGAGUUUCUCACAUCGAAACCAGAGGAGGAGGAGUUUGAUCCAUUUGAUGUUAACUCAGGAGUAGAAUAUAGGAAUCUCAACAGACGUCUGUGUGCACCUGAAGAUGAUGACUCCAGUGAGGAUACAGACGCCUCAGAGGAUGACAAAGAUGAAGCAGACGAUGAGAAAACAGAAAUCAACAAUGAGUCAAGAACAGUCUCAGAUCAUCAGGAUGGAAAGGAAGAGGCUGAAUCAUCAAAUAAAGCAUGUUAGCUGUGGAUUUUUAUUAUUAGAUUUUCUGCAAGGACUGGCAAAACCUUUUCAACACUCAUCACUGAUACAUAGUCUGAGGGCUAUUUUGGGUUAUCCUGUUUUAUAAAAGUGGAAAAAAGAAAAGGAGAGAAAGAAAAAUAUAAAGUAAAUUGUAUGUUUAUUUUUAUGUAAACUGAAUAAAUUGUUUAAAAAAAA